AUGGCAGAUAUUCUUAUUCAUUCAGCAGUACCAUCUCUUUUUACCCAUACUGAAUCUGCAUCAAAUAUUUUCACUGAUACUUCAACAGAAAAUUCUCAUAUCAAUAACAACAACAACAACAAAUAUAAUAAUCAUAUUCCACGAUUACAUAAUGUAUUCACAGAACAUUCAUUAAUAUCAAAUAAUUUAAAUUCAAAUAAACAACCAUCUAAUUCAUCAUUAAUAGUUAAUGAUUAUACAACACGUUUUAAUAGAACAAAAGCAAUGUUUCGAACAUUAGAAACAAAAUCAAUAAAUAAUAAUUUACCAUUAUUUACAACAAAACCAAUAAUUAAUAAUCAACAAGAACGUACUCGUGAUGUUUCUAUACAUUUUAUUGGUAAAUCAUCGAAUUCAACUACAAAUUCUAAUGAUGAAGUUCCUUAUGCAGCUAUUAAUCGAAAAUAUUCAAAUUCAGAUCAACAUAAUGAUUUUCCUGCUGAUGCUAUUGAACAAUAUAAAAAACAACAACAACGUGAUGAGAAUGAUAGAAUAAAUCUUUUAUCAAAAUCAUCAAAUAAACAAAUGAAAACUCGUACUAUUCCUUUUCUUGUACCAUCGAGUGCACUUAAACGUAUGGAUCAUCUUAAUACAAUUAUUGUUCGACCAACAAAAAUCGAACGAUCAUUACCAAAAUUAAUUUUUCCAGAUGAUGAAAUACAAGAAGAAUUGAAAUCAAUUGAAAAUACAAUAGUUAAUGAAUCGGAUAAUGUACAAGAUAAUGAUAGAACAUCAUCACCACUUUUUCAUGAACGACCAGGUAUACCUGAACUUGAUGAUGAUAAUCAGAACUCUACAAAUGAUACUAGACGAGUGCGAUUUAGUAAUGCACCAAUUCGAGUUUAUCCAACAUAUUCAGUAGAUGAAUAUGAUCGACGAAAUGAGGAUAUUGAUCCAUUUUCAGCAACAGCAGAAUAUGAAUUAGAAAAACGAAUUGAAAAAAUGAAUGUUUUUACUGUUGAAAUUGAAAAAAGUCCUGAGGGUCUUGGUAUAAGUGUGUUGGGUAUGGGUGUAGGUGCUGAUAAUGGUUUGGAGAAAUUAGGUAUUUUUGUAAAAUCCCUUAAUCUUCAAGGUGUGGUUGCCAAAGAUGGAAGAAUUCAAGUUGGUGAUCAAAUCAUCGAAGUAAAUAAUUAUUCACUUGUUGGUGUUACACAUGCAUAUGCUAAAAAUAUUCUUAAAUCAGCAUCUGGUUUAAUAAAAUUUGUAAUUGGUCGAGAUAAAGAUAUUGAAAAUUCAGAAAUUCCUGGUCUUAUACAACGUUCAUUACAAAUAGAUCAAGAACGUGAAGAAAUGUCACGAACAUUACAAAAAUAUCAUGAAGAAUAUUAUGGACAAAAUCUUAUUGAUGAUGAUGCAAUAGAAGAUCAUGAACAAACUAAACGAAAAAUUUCAAGUGAAUUUGAAAUUGAAAUACUUAAACAAUGUUAUGAAUCAUUAGAAGAAACAUUAGAAAAUACUGAAAAAGAAAAAGAACAUUAUCAACAACUUUAUCAACAAAUAGAAAAUGAUUUCAAACAAAUCAAAGAAAAAUAUGUCAAUGCAAAAGUCUUAAUUAAAGAAUUAGAAGAUCGAGAAACAGAAUUACGUCAACAACAAACAAUAUUAAAUGAACAACAAGAAAAACGUAUCAAUGAAUUAAUGAAAAAGGUUGAAGAACUUGAAAAUACUAUUGCUAAUUUAAUAGCAAAAUCUGAAAAUAAUUCAUCAUCUAAAGUUAAUGAAAAUAUUGUGUCAGAAUCACUUGAUAUACCAGAACGUGUAAUAAAUCGAACACAAACAAGUUCUAGUCAACAAUUAAUUCCUACAGAUCGACAUACUAUUGCAACAUCAUCUAUUCGAUUUCCAUCAAUAUCAUUAGAUAAAAUACCAACAUAUAUAAAACAAACUCAAGAAUCUUGUCAAAUUGUUUCUAAUAAUAAUAAAUCAAUUGAUCAAAUUGCUACUGAGACUAAUCAAAAUUCAUUAAUGAAUAAAACUCAUAUAAUUAAAACAUAUUCAAAAAAUUUACCAUCGAAACAUUUAUCUACUCCAUCACUUGGUGAAGUUUUGAUUGAUUGUAAUAUUAUCAAUACUAACACUCAUGUUUCAAUAGUUCCAUCAUUAGAACAAACAAUCAACGAUAGUUUUUCAAAUGAUGAGUAUGUUAAAGUAAAAAAUUGGUCAUCUGAUCAAUGUAUUCAAUGGUUAACAGCUCAAGCAAUGACAUCAUUAAUUCCUAUAUUUCUCAAUCGUAGUAUUGAUGGUGAAAAAUUAUUAUUACUUGAUAGUACAAAAAUGAAGGCAAUGGGUAUAAAAUCAAGUAAAGAUCGUGAUCAAUUAAAAGCAAAAAUAAAAGAACUUAAACAUGCUGAAUUUAAUCGAUUACGUGAACGACUUAGCCAAGCAUCAUCAUUUUAUCGAGCAACACAUGGUGGAAGUCGAUUACGUUCAUCGAGUUUAACAAAAUUGAAAGAACGAAAAUUUUUUUUUGGUAGUAGUAGUGAAAAAUAA